AGAGAAGGUAUAAAAUCAGUUGUAUGUGAUUUGAUCAGCUACUAUCUUGAGUAUCCAACUAAAAUGACUCACCUCAUAUUGUGGUUCAUCAUAAGUGCCGUUUUAUAUACUUUUUCGAUUAUUUGUAAAGCAGAAUGUGAGAUAAAUCCAUUCAUAGAUAAGCAUCCUCUAUUGAUGAAUUUGGAAAUGACCAGCUUCAUUUAUCCAAACAAUGAAGAUAAAACUGUAGUAAUAAAGUCUGGAGACACUUAUGUAUUCGUUUGCCCUGGACAGAAAGUUGUACUCAACUCAACUGAAACUGAAACAAUCGUUGAAGCAAAAUGUCAAGUAAACUCCUUGUUUGAAAUUGAAGAUAUAACAUACACAUGGGAUCAAAUAAGUUGUACUGGAGGUCCUGUUGCCGUAGGAAGAUAUGUGGAUACUGUUUGUGGUAUCAAUGCCAAAUCAGCUGAAAUUGGUUUUGCCAUGGAAGAUAAUGGAUUCAUAAGAACAAUUAAUUUAUGUUUCGAUGUACAAAAGCAAGAAGCAUUGUAUUCUCAUUAUAAUAUUACGGCUUCAAUAGGCUUCCAUCAAAGUGCAGUACCUCGACCAUCGUUUCAUGAAGAUCAAGGUUUUUAUGAUGUAGGAGGUUGCAGUGUUAAGCAUCUGUACUUGAGAGACAUACAAAGAUCGACUAUAAAUGGUUUGGUUGGGUUGCCACUGACGUCUACUAAGUACAUUGAUAAUAAUCAAUCUUACGUUCUAUCCAAGGGUCAUCUUGCUGCUAAGGGAGAUUUUGUAUAUGCAGCUGAGCAAAUUUCGACAUUUAGGUAUAUAAAUGUUGCACCCCAAUGGGAAACAUUCAACGGCAAUAAUUGGGCCAGUACGGAAAGAGAUGCCAGAGCUUACGCCCAAUCUAAUAAAAUAGAUCUCCAAAUUUGGACAGGCACUUUUGGCAUAACAAGUUUACCCCAUGAAAAAACUGGAGAAGACGUCGAACUUUAUUUAUAUACUGAUACAAAUACUCACGCAAUACCAGUUCCAGCUAUUUAUUGGAAACUAGUUUACAAUCCAAUCAAUACAAGAGGGAUUGUCCUCAUUGGUUUGAAUAAUCCUUACGAAAAUGAUGUGGAAAAAUAUAUUUACUGUCCAGAUGUUUCGGAACAAGUGAACUGGUUGCAUUGGAAAAAGGAUGACAUACAAUCAGGUUAUUCAUAUGCGUGUACUGUUGAUGAUUUCCGAAAGGUUGUAACUUAUGUACCUAACCUGAGUAUAUCUGGAUUAUUGGUUUGAUUGUUUCCAUUAUCAUAUCUAAUUUUAUAUCUAGUACAUCUAGACUGCAUUGAAUUUGCUGUUAGCAUUAUCACAUACUAUAUUUGGGUAUAUUGAAAUAUAAAAAUUAAUUAUUAUUAAUAUGAGACAAAAUAGAUGUAUUAUUAGUAGAGUGCGCUACAAAAACAAUAUCUGAUGGUUGCAUGAAAUAAUAGCAUAACGUAAAUAUAUGAAUACUAGCUGACAAGGCAAACGGUUUUGCCGUAUAUAUAAUUUUUAGGAAAUGUUGUUAAAAAUAACUAACACUAUAAUUGUGUGGGGAUAUAAUAAUAAUUGAAAUAGGAAUCGACCGCUAAUCAGGUAGUGUUCCGUUUGUUGCACUUCUUCUGAUGACCCACACAUCACAACUGACUCAUUCUUAAAUUUAAGUGGACGAAAAUACGAGAACUCCUUGUCCAAAUUACGUAUGGCUACUUUGGAAUGAGCAUAAUAACAUCAAACUUUCAAUUAAUCAAAUUCAAAUGCUCGAAGUUGGCGUUUAUAAAUUGCUCUAUGUCUGUUGACAACGGAUCUGAGCGCUUCUCUUCGUUUUGAUUGUCGGUCAUUUAGUGCUUGUUGUGAUUCACGUAACUAAACCAUACUCACACGAAUAUAUGCAUUGUUUUUUUGGAUUUUGUUCGCUUAAUCUUCGUACUUUUGUAUAACUCAAGAUUUGAUUAUUCGACGACUCAAAUUGGCCUUUGCGUCUUGCUAGUAUUGAUAACAUAUAAAUAAAUCAAGUUGAAAUACUUAUUGGUGAAAAAAAGUCACUUGAUAUUGUAUUUGUUUUCUUAUUAUUUGACUUACCUUUCACAAUAAUAAAACACUUAUACACGUACACGUUUCUGUUUUGAUUCAAAAAUUAAGUACAAUAUGUACAGAUACGGUAAUGGCUCACAGCAAGUGUUUAUUCACAUGAGAUCACUUAAUUAACUGAUAUUAAAAACUGUCUUUAUCAGUUAUUAAUAAAAUGUGAAUAAGUAAUCAUUGUACUAGAAAUUAAUGAUAAAUUCACGAUGAGAGUUGCAGAGAAAAAUUAAAAUACUACGUAUUAAAGUCACUGCCACGAUCGAUACACAAAUAAAACCGGUUUCGUUCUCAUCCCUACUCCGCGAUGUUUGCUGGAUGAGAGGUGACAUCUGGCGAGAAUAACUAAUCGAUUGAUAGUUGACAGUUAUCGACCGAUGAGGGUGGGAGAUCAAAUUAAAUUGAGAAAAAAAACAUGAAAUUAUAAACUCUGAAUAAUAAUUCAUCGUACUUCAAUUAUUAAAUUUGAUUGCUAUCUUGCAACUCUAUUGGGGAUGAAAAUCGCGAAUAAAAAGGGGGGUUUAUCUUGGAAGGGUACAAAAUUGAGAGUAACAUUAAUUUUUGAUUCUACCUCAUAACAAAAUAAAAAUAAAAAUCUUGCUAAAAAAACUAAAGCUAUUAAUUAACAAAUGAAAAAUAGGGGUUGAUCCUAGAAGAGUGAAAAUUUGGGGUUGUAUAUUUUUUCAAAAGUGUCACAUAGAAAAUGAUAUCAAAAAAUUCUUCUAAAAAAUAAAUUAGGAGUGGACCACCCUUAACAUUUAGUGGUAUGAAAAAUAGAUGCUGGCCGAUUUUCAUACCUACUAAAUAUGCUUAUAAAAUUUCAAAAAAUCGGUCAAGCCGAUUUGGAGGAGUAUGUUUACUGACAUUGCGACAGGAGAAUUUUAUAUAUAAGAUGUAUGAACACUGUUAUAGUUUUUUUUUUGAAGAAGCGGAAGAAAGAUUAUUAUGAAGUAUAAGAUAUUUUCAAAAAUAUCUUAAGAAUUUUUUUAGGAAUCUGUAAGGUUACACAAAGAAAUGUAAACAAAAGUGAUACGGUUAUGUGCCAGAAUUGAUGGCAUUAUCUUAAUGGUUGUGUGGUAAAAAUUGAUGAGCUUAAAUAUGCAUAGAUUAACUUGGUGUAGAUUAUAGAAACAAGUCUUGCAAUUUACAUGCUUGUCUUUUGAAAAUGGUGAUGUAAAAUUGGAAAAAAGCAGCAUUUAGUUUACUCAAAUACAGGUUCAACUGUACGUAACUAAGAUGUAUACCUAUGAUUUGUUUAUUUAUUCGCAAGUUGUGAUGGCUUCAUUAGUCGGGAUAAAGAAUUCUUGAAAGAUGCUAAGUGCAAAAACAUUUAUUUUAAUUACUAUUUACCAGCAACUUAAUCGAUUUAUACCUAAAAGAAAGGAUGAAACCAAUAGCCAUGUUGGAUUAUUUGAUAAGCGAGGAUUUACGGGAGCCAACAUUAUCAAUAAUAGGUAUGUGACAUCGUCAACGUAAAUAGCAAGAUUCAGAUCCAAAUAUUACAAAAUAUUUUAAUACUUCCAACUUCUACAUUUUCAAUGUUAUGCUUUCAAUAUCGAUUAAAAUUAAUUUUAAAAGAUAUUUGAUUAAAAAAUUAUGAUGACUUAAUAGUCAUAUUUUGAUAGAAAUUGGUAGAACACAGCUAAUUUACAUUAUAUUUUAUUCACU